AUGAGUGGAAGAGACAAAGAAAUUAAACCCCUGGAAAAGCUUAAGCAAUUUUUUCGUGCAGCGAAAAGCAGUUCAGUUAAUUACAAAGGAAAGGCAGAUUUUGUAAUCACUUAUGAAAUUGAAAAAAGUAUUAGUGCAGAUACACAAAUACAUCAAAGAAUUAGAACUAUCAAGGAGCUGAGUGAAAUAGUUGCUACAUGCAGAUUAGAAGAUCAUGCUGUAGAAAAACUUUGGACUUUGGUUCGAGAUUUGUUGCAAAAAGAAGUUGAAAAAGAGCACAGACAAGCAUGCUUACAUUUUUUAAAAUGUUUGGUGCAAGGCCAAUAUGAAAAAUUAGGAAUCAUGAGAACACAUUUUUUCAACAUUAUCAAAGAGCAUGACUUAACAGAUGAUGUCUCUUAUUUGUUAGAUUUACUUCAAGCAUUAACUGAUAAUGGAAGAGAUAUUUUACAUCUUGAAGAUGAAUUCAGUGAAUUUCUUCUUAAAUGGACACCCAAAGUCAUUGGUGUUGGAAAAGCAGCCGAAGUUUUGUCUCUCUUUUUAAAUGUUAUAAAAUACAAUGCAUCAUAUAUUGAUGACAAUAAUAUGGCAGAUAUUGUAGACUUGGCAUGUUUUUUGUGUUCAUGGAGUAAUAAAGAUGAGGUCAUUUCAACUUCACUACAGGUUUUAGAUACUAUAGUAUGCUACAGUAAUUUACCUCCUGAUUCAUUAUCUGUAUUCAUUUCUGCUCUUUGUCGAAAAGUAAACGUACAUGAGUAUUCACAUAAUUGCUGGAAAAUAAUGAGAAAUCUAUUAGGCACUCAUAUGGGACACUCAACAUUGUAUACAAUGUGCAAAAUUUUGCAAGAUAAUGCAUAUUACAAUGAUGUUGGUCUUCUCAGAGGAACUGUUUUUUACAUUAAUAUGGGAUUAUGGAGUAAUAAAAGAGUUACAUCACUGAGAUGUACUCUAACUUCUGUUUUACCUUCAUUGUUGCAGGCAAUGCAUUGCAAUCACACUGUUGUUAUAUAUGAAAUUACAAUAAGUAUUCAUCGUCUGGUUAAUAAGUUUGGUUUAGAACUUCAAGACCCAGCUUGGGAUGUUGUUUUAUCGAUUUUAGAAGCAAUUAUUGAACAUGUUGAAACAAAAGAUGUGUCAUUAUUAGGAUCUGUUAUAACAAAAUUGCAUGAAACUUUAUGCACAAUCGAACAACUGAUUGAGCUUGGUCAGUUUAAUGGUAAUGUCCGAAGAGUUUUUAGCUUGAUUGAGAUGUCUUCUUGCAUGCGUCCCGAAAGUUCAGUUAUUCGACUUAUAAAUUUUUUAUCGGGAUCCAUAGUUCCUACCCGUUAUGAAUGGUUAACAAAAUUAGAUGGUCUUUUGGAAAAAUAUUUUAAACAAGACACCAGACCGAAUGUUCGCGUGAAAACUCUAGAAGUGUUGAGUUUAGUUGUCAAUAGUAACAAAUUAAUAUACGAAGAUGAACUCAUUGAGAGAAUUGUUAUUCCCUACCUUCAAAACCUUGAUCAGGAUCCAGAUAUAAAUGUACGGAAUGUCGGUGCUCAGAUUCUUGUAAAUCUUUGUAUUGGAUGCGAAUCAAAAAAAUGUUUAGAAUUAUUAACCGUCUUAGAAAAGCUACUGAAUCGUAAAGAACAGCAUUCUUUUGAAAACAUUCAAAAAGAAGGAAACGGAUGUGAAAACGACGGCUUAGAAAUUAAAUCGGUCGUUUCCGGUUUGAUUAAAAUAUUCACCUUAAAAAUGUAUCAUUUACCUUCAAAUCAUGCUCUUAAAGCAUAUAAAAUUUUAAUAGGAUUUUUAGAAAGCUGUUAUAAAAAUUCUUAUCAUCAAGAUUAUAAUCAAAACAUUAAAUUUAUGAUUUUUGAAUGCCUUUUAAAGCUUCGAGUUAAUAAAAUUGGUCAUUUGGGAUUAUUAGAUGCAACUAAUUCCGUUCGUUACAGUUCUUAUUUAAUUAUCGAAUCAAAACUUAAUUCUGAUAAAGGCGGUCCGGGAACUAUUUCUCCUCCUCCAAUUAGUCCAGCCCCAUCGAAUUAUCCAUCAUGUGUUGUAACGCCAUUUUCAUUUGCUACGGCAUCUAAGGUUAUUAUAAGUGCUCUUAAAAAUGAAAAGGAUUGGAAAGUUCUUUGUUUGCUUUUGCAAGAACUUCCUAGCAUUUUACAAAGUAAAUCACUCAUGCUUAGUAAACACGGAACGGAUAUUGGUUUACUAGCUGAUGCUCUUUGCUCCAUGGUAAGCGAUAAAACUUUAAAUUUACCCGAAAGCUUGCGGAACAUACCACAAAAACUCAACCGAACUGAAUUUCAAAGCUACGUUUUUCCGGUCAUAGCCGCCAUUUCGUCGUAUCAUCUUAAUUUAGAACCUAGUCAACAACAGCGUUGCAUCAAAUGCUUGGAAUACGGUUUAGCAUCGCGAUGUGCCAGUCAAUGCGUGAUGGCUUUGACAACUUGUACCUUGGAAAUGAGAGACGCCAUGUACAAAUUAUUACCAGAAGUUCUUUUGAACUUAUCGAAAAUUUCUGCGACGGUUGUCAUUGCUAUUCCCAUAUUGGAAUUUUUGUCAACGCUUACUAGUUUACCAAAAGUUUUUGCUAGUUUCGUCGGAGAUCAAUACAUGUCAGUUUUUGCAAUUGCUCUUCCAUAUACGAAUCCUUUUAAGUAUAACCAUUACACGGUGUCUUUGGCUCAUCACGUAAUUGCUGUUUGGUUUCUGAAAUGUCGAUUACCAUUCAGACGAGAUUUUGUUCGGUUCAUUACUACAGGUCUAAAGGCAAACGCUAUAGCUCCUUUCGAGGAAGAAAAACUUUUAAAAUGCGAUUUAUCAUCAUUAAAUGAAGAUUCUACGAGCAGAAAGAGAUCUUCUAGUCUUACAGAGCAAGGAAGUCGUCGUCGGGAAAGGCCGAUUUCAACUGCUCCUCGCAUAGGUGCAGAUUUAAAGCCUCCAUUAGAUGAAGCUUUGUUUAAUUUUCACGUGGAAUUAACGGAAACAUGCAUCGAUUUAAUGGCUAGGUACACUUUUUCAUCGUGUUCAGCGCGUCCGAAAAGAUCUCCUAUAGCUGAAUUUUUAUUAAGCGGUGGUCAAUCUCAGACUUGGUUAUUAGGUCAUAAAUUAAUAACCGUCACAACUAGUGGGUGUUCGCAAAAACCUUUAAAAAAUAACUUGUGCGAUAGAUGCUGGAUGGUUUGUAAAUCUGACAAAAAAUUCAUGUCACCCGACGGUGAUGAAAUUGAAAAAGAUGAUUUACUCAAACUUUCCAGACAAAAUUCGGGAGAGAAAAAUUUAGAUCAAAAUAUUUCAGAAUCUCAAAAGUUUAACAGAGAUAUGUCUUCUGGAGGAGAGAGCCCGACGACUGACGAUAAUAAAAAAUGUGCAAAUCACGAAACUUCAAAAUUGGAAAAAUUCAUUUUCGGGAAUAAUGACAAUACUUCUAGAAACGAUCUGUGCGCUUGUUGGUGUCAAGGAUGGGCUGAAAUUUACGUAAAACGUCCAACGGGUGAUAUGUCUUGGGUUCUCAGGAUACAAAAUGAAACCAAUUAUCAAAAUUUGUCUCAAGAAUUACCUUUGCCAGAUGUUACCACAUUGUUUUUACCCAGCAAUAAACCUAAUUUAAUCGAACCUUCGCGAUUGUCAGUUCAUCAACACGUGACAAAUUUACAACCGUUGAUUUCGCCUUUAGAAUUAUCAAAGGAAACAAUUAGCAGUUCUCAACAACAACAGCAGCAGCAGUCGUUUAAUCAGGGUAGUACUCUUUCCGUUACGGUACCUGGAACACCUUCGAGACAAAGUUCAAAAGAAAGCGUUGACGAAAUUAAUUACGAUGAGGAAAAGGGAAAUGUUGAAAAUGAUUAUUCUAACGAUUUGAGCGGAAAAUCACGUAAUCCCGUACGGAGAUCAAAUUCUAGUCCGGAAAUGAGUGCAAGUUGGAAAAAUCCUUUUUUAAAAGAGCAUUUAAAACACGACGAAGAUAGUUGUGAAGUUUCAAAACAGAAACAAUCGUAUGGAAAAGUGAGUUGCGAAGCCAUACCAGAGGAAAUGUCUGGAAUGGGAACAACGCCUCCCGAUUCCGUUCAUCAACCUCUCACAAUCGCCAUUUCAUCAAAACCUCCUCCUCAUUCAUUUUCUCAACAAAGUCCCACGCAAAAAAAAACAUAUCCGAAAAUGGGGGGAGGAAUAAAACGGGAUAGCCCAAAAUUUGAUGGUAAAUCCUUUGCGGAUAAGCAAAAUUUGAACAUCGACUCGUUGGGAGAUAAAAAUCCCUCAAAAUCGUAUUCCUCAAGUGGGGAAAUAGGAAAAUGCGAAUCCAAUAGAAGUCUUAACUCGGAUGAAAAUCGUUUAGAUCUUUCGCAAACGUAUAAAAGAGAUAGAAGUCGAACCAUAUCCGUCAUGUCACCGGCAAGAAAAUCCCGAUACGAUAACGAUCAUUUAAAACCUAAAUUAAGUUCGCCUAGAACUAAAGAUGCACCCCGUUCAGGUGUGAGUCCCAGUUUCGUAUUCCUUCAACUGUAUCAUUCCGCUCAUUUUGGAAGUACGGAGGAAAAACCGAUUUUGAUUUCACAAAAUUCAGUCAUUCAAAGAGCUAUAUUAACUUUAGAUUUCAUUCCGCCAUUCGAAACUCACAAGGUUGGAGUGAUUUAUGUAGGCCCCGGACAAGCCAAUUGCGAAGCGGAAAUACUUCGAAACGAAUUCGGUUCCCUACGCUAUGCUAUUUUUUUACAAAGUCUCGGAACUUUGAUAAAUUUGAAAAAUGCAGAUCCGAAAAGUACUUUUCUAGGGGGGUUGGGAAAAAGCGGAGUCGAUGGAAAAUUUGCUUAUAUUUGGCAAGAUGACGUCACUCAAGUUACGUUUCACGUGGCGACUCUGAUGCCAAAUAAAGAAUCCGAUCCUAAUUGUCAUGCUAAAAAAGCUCACAUUGGAAAUGAUUUCGUUACGAUUGUUUAUAACGAAAGCGGAGAAGAAUACAAUAUACAAACCGUAAAAGGUCAAUUUAAUUAUGCGAACGUUAUUAUUCAACCUUUGGAUCAUGCAACAAAUAAAGUGGUUGUAAAAGUAAGAGAAGAAUUAGCCGAUCAAAUCGGACACAGCGAACAGAAAAUAGUUUCGGAUCAAAAUUUGGCCAUUUUGGCACGUCAAUUGGCACUUCACGCAAACUUGGCUUCAUUGGUGUCUCGAAGUUUAAAAGCAAAAAAUCAAGAUCCCUACGCUUCGAAUUGGUUGGAAAGAUUAAGGAAAAUCAAAAGGUUGCGUCAAAAGGUUUUACAAUUGGAAAUAUCAGAGGAAAAUGCGGAUCAUAAAGAAUUUUUAAAUCCUCCAAAAAGUAGAAAAACCGACUACAUGGACGAUUUUACCGAAUACACGUGA